UACAAUAACCAAAGCGGAACUGACCAUACCCGAAAAUUAGGAUUCAAAUUGACCUAGGGUUUCUUCGACCCGGAAAAUCCUUAAAUACUCACUCGGCUAAUUCUGUGGAAUUGAAAGUAUUUGUUGAACAAAAAGUGAAAGAAAACAAUGCAAAACGGAGGAGAGGAAGUUAGUAUUGAGGAAUUGGCUUCCAAUCUUUCUACAUACAAAGAUCAACUUCAGCAGGUGCGGCAACUUUUACAAGAUGAACCAGACAACUCCGAGUAUAUUGACAUGGAGAAAGAGCUUGUUGAGGUGAUUGCCUUAACAGAAGAGCUCCUUGUAACUGCAAAACAAAGUGAAGAUGGGAUGGGUACUGGGACCAGUGCUGAUGCAUCUCAUGGUUACCACUAUUCUGAGAAUUCUAAUGUGGAAUUGGGAUCAAUUUUGGACCAUGCCAACAAGUUUCCAAUCGGAACUAAAGUACAAGCUGUUUAUAGUGAAGACGGAGAGUGGUACAAUGCCACCAUUCAUGCGCAUACUCCAAAUGGCUAUUAUGUCUGUUACGAUGAAUGGGGUAACAAGGAAGAGGUGGAUCAUGCUAAUGUAAGACCACCUCAAGAGACAUCUGUCAACCCUUUGGUUGAAGCAGAAAAGAUAGCUGAGGCCACAAAACAAGCUCUCAAACGAAAGAUAGCUCAAGCUGCAGCUAGUGAUGUCCAAUCUCGGAGUUUGCCAGCAAAGCUUAUCAUUGAUCCUAAUGAUCCAGAAGACGUGAAAGCUGCCAAAAAGAAAAAGAUUCAUGCUUUCAAGUCUAAGGUGCGGAUAGAGCAACUUGAGGUUGCUCAAAACAAGAGGCAAAAUGCUUGGCAACAGUUUCAGUCAACUAAAGGCCAGACUAAGAAGGUGGGCUUUUUCUCUGGUCGAAAGCGUGAGAGUAUCUUCAAGUCUCCGGAAGAUCCUCAAGGUAAGGUUGGUGUAACUGGAAGUGGCAAAGGUUUGACAGAUUUUCAAAAGAGGGAAAAACAUUUGCAUCUAAAAGGCACAAAUGCUGAGGCUUCUGAUGAGUAGAUGUUGGUCCCUAUACCAUUUUCCGUCGUUCAUCUUCUGGCUGCCUUAAGUUUAGUAUGUUCCAUCCUAUAUGUAAAACUGAUGCGUCUUCCUAGUAGUCUUCACAGAGUUCUUGGCGACUCAGCCAGGAUUUACUUUCACUUUCUUUUUGUUGUUCGGUCUUUUUUCGUGUAUCAACCAAGUGAUUUUAGUUCCUGGCUUUAUUGUCUCGACUGGGUCGAUUAAUUCGAUUAGUUGUCUUAAAUCUGUAAUAUUGUCACAUUUUCGUGGACAUCGGAGGAACUAAAAAUUGGCUUCUGGCAAA